AUGCAGUCCCUCCGCAGCGCGUUGCUACUGGUGGCCCUGCUGCUGGUCGCACUCGCUUCCGCAGCCCCCUCGCGGAUCCAGAAGAGGUCCUUCAAGGUCCACAGAGUACGGAAUGAGGCGUUCCAGGGCCACAACGGGCCGAGGGCUCUCCUCAAGGCCUACCGCAAGUACAACAUGAAGGUGCCCGAGGCCCUGACGAGCGCCGUGGCCGCCCAGGACUUGAAGGACCUCCAGACCCGGAACGCCGAGCUCCAGGACCGGGACUUGGCCAGCACCCUCGAGGCCCUGCUGGGCGCCCUGACCGGCAAGGGAAACCAGAACGGCAAUGCCAACGGGAAUGGUAAUGCGAAUGGCAACGGUAACGGUAACGGCAGGGGCAACGGCAACGGCAACGGCAACGCGAAUGGAAACGGCAAUGCCAACGGUAAUGGCCAGGCAAACGGCAACGGCCAGGCAAACGGCAACGGCCAGGCAAACGGCAACGGCCAGGCAAACGGCAACGGCCAGGCGACGGGAGGUCAGACCAACACUGGCGCAGGCAACCGGGGAGGCAACCGGGGCAAGGGCAAGGGCAAAGGCGGCGCGGCGGCCGGUGCUGCCACGGGCGCCGCCGCCAACGGGACGCAGCCGGCGGCCAAGGGCACGGGCCUGGUGACGGCGACGCCCGAGAAGAACGACGUCGAGUACCUGUCGCCCGUCAACAUCGGCGGGCAGACGCUCAACAUGGACUUUGACACGGGCUCGUCGGACCUGUGGGUGUUCAACACGCAGCUGUCGGCCAAGACGGCGACGGGCCACACCAUCUUCGACCCGGCCAAGUCCAAGACGUUCAAGCAGAUGCAGGGCGCGUCCUUCACCAUCUCGUACGGCGACGGGUCCGGGGCGGCGGGCAACGUGGGCACCGACGUGGUCGACAUCGGCGGGGCGACGGUCACGGCCCAGGCCAUCGAGAUGGCGACGGCGGUGUCGGGCUCCUUCGUCAAGGACGCGGCCAACAACGGGCUCGUCGGCCUGGCCUUCAGCAAGCUCAACACGGUCAAGCCGCAGAAGCAAAAGACCUUCUUCGACAACGUCAUGCCCUCGCUCGCGCAGCCGCUCUUCACGGCGGACCUGCGCCGCGGCGCCGCGGGCGCCUACGAGUUCGGCCGCAUCGACCCGGCCAAGUUCACGGGCGCCAUGAACUUUGUGCCCAUCAACACGACCCAGGGCUUCUGGCAGUUCUCGAGCAAGGCGUUCGCCGUCGGCACCGCGCAGCAGGCGCAGGCGGCGGACCCGGCGGGCCAGGCCAUCGCCGACACGGGCACGACGCUCAUCCUGGCCAACAAGGCCAUCGUCGAGGGCUACUUCUCCAAGGUGCAGGGCGCGCAGAACAGCCAGCAGGCGGGCGGCAUCACGGUCCCGUGCGACGCCAAGCUGCCCGACCUGUUCCUCGACGUCGGCGGCGUCAUGGCCAAGGUCAAGGGCAGCGACAUUGUCUUUGCGCCCGUGCAGGGAAACACCUGCUUCUCUGGCCUGCAGCCGACGACCUCGUCGCUGAUGAUCUUUGGCGACAUCUUCUUCAAGUCGCAGUUUGUUGCCUUCAACGGCGGCAACAACACGCUCGGCAUCGCGGACCAUGCCGUCUAA